UCUCAACAGUUGCCGAGAUGGGGUCUUCUCAACUGCUGGUGCUUAUCUGCUGCAUUCCCUGGCUGUGCGAUAGUAACUCAAUGGGAAAGGACGCUUGGCUGCGUCCUGGGUGCCACAAAGUUGGAAAUACUCGAAAAAUUACUAUCCCUGAUUGUGUCGAGUUUACCAUAACAACUAAUGCGUGUCGCGGAUUCUGUGAGUCCUUCUCGGUGCCUUCAAUUCCCAUGAUGGGUUCAUCGCUUUCUGUUUUAUUCAAACCACCCAAACCAGUGGUGAGCGUUGGCCAAUGCUGCAACAUGAUGAAAUCGGAGGAGAUACAACGACGUGUUCUAUGUAUUGAAGGAAUACGAAAUGUGACUUUUAAUAGUGCAUUGUCGUGUAGUUGUUAUCACUGCAAAAAGGAUUAG